UCCGCACUAGUGCAAACAGAACUGAAUAGUUAUUCUGCGCUGGAACUUUGAACAGAGAUUUACGCUGCAACGGCAGGUGAAGUACACUAUUUGAGAUUGAUAAUCUGGAAGCCUUAGUUUAACAAAAAAAAUAGCUUUGAGUCCAGGCAGCAUUUGGUGCAUCGAAGAUUCUUCAAUAGGCUACUGAGGAAUUAAGAUCUGCUGGUGAAAGUGAAGCUUUUUUUUUUUUUUUGUGGUUUGUUUGUUUUUUUAUUUGGGCAACUUGUUCUUUCACUAUCCGCGAUAUCGCACAAUCUCUGGAAUUACACCAGGACCAAACUGUGACAUCAAUGGGUUAUGGAAGGAAAGUACUCCCACUGUCAUGAAUAGGCUAUAUAAGAUAUUUAAUUGCAGCAUGUAAUUCUCUGUAACGAACAGAUUUUGUACGCCUGCUUGCUUGCCCUUUGCUAAAGUCAGUCGGAUCUCUGAUCUCAACACCUGAGUUCCGGGCACGUGCACAUACAGUUGGCUACAACUUCAGCAAGGAUACGUAUCUGAAGGAAUUGGAAGCUUUUUAAAGUUGCCUUAUUAUUUCUCGAGGGAUAUCUAAAAAGCAAAAACAAGAAUUAUAAUGGAAUCAUGUUCUUGUGGAGAACCGUAGUUCCGCCACAUGCCCCGCAAUGUUGUACCAAAAACUUUUGGGAAGAAGGAUAAAUCUGUCUGGUUUGGGUUCCUUUAAGAGAUGUGCCGGACACAACGAGGAAAGAACGACAUUUGAUUAAAAAUGAUUGAAUAGUAAAUAUACUGAACGCUCAGAGGGUCUGCCUAUCCAGUUCUGGGUUACUCCAAAGGAGACUGCAGCAAUGCUCAGUGGAGAAGUUUUCCGUUUAAGCCUGGCUAUUUAAUGCGAUUUACUUGUCCCGAAGGGAAGGUCGCUAUUUAUUCCAAAUUUGCCUGGGAUGUCAAAUGAACAAGACUUUAAAUCUUCCAUCACAAAGAGGCUAAAAUGGAUUGUCAUAAACCUUUGCUAAAUAUAGAUGCUCUUGAGUUUAAAUUGGUGGACGUGCUCUUUUUGGUCUUAUCGAUACCUAUGGAAGCGGAUUAUGAAGAAAUGCAUGUAUGUGGAAUGAACCAUUUAUAAACAUUUAAAAAGAACAAUUAAAUGCGAAAUAGUGUGCCGCAACUGACAAAGAGCGAGUAUGUCACUUUCAUUUGCCAGGAGGCUGUCCCAAUGCGUGGUUCUGACCUUCAUAACUCUACUGGUCUCCCCAGUUUGCCUGUCAUCCCAACAUCCAUCUUUCGUCUCUCCGUGGGGGCGCCAAGGACGGUCAGCACGCGCUCGUCGUCAGCUGCACUACAGAAAUGAGUGGGGCUCCUGGAGCGGCUGGUCCGUCUGCUCACGCACCUGUGGGGGCGGGGCUUCAGUUCGAACCCGCACCUGCCUCACCAGGAACCCAGUUGGGGGGCCAUGUCCAGGAGACCCCAGACAGUACAAGAUCUGUAACUCCAAGGAGUGUGCCCCAGGCUCUAUGGAGUUUCGGGAGCUGCAGUGCAAGGCUUUCAAUGACAGGCCCGUGGUGGCCAGCAACCGCUACAAAUGGACAACCUUCCUUGGAGGUCCCGACCCGUGUGAGCUCAGCUGCCUUGCCCUGGGGCACAAUUUCUACUAUAAUUUUGGGCGAGUUCUGGACGGAACAUCGUGCCAGAAGGACUCGGGGGCCAUCUGUGUCAAUGGCCGCUGUCUGAAGCCAGGCUGUGACCUGAUCCUGGGCUCGGUGCAGAAGGAGGACGCCUGCAUGGUGUGCGGUGGGCACAAUACUACCUGCAUGCAGCAUCGCAACGUGUACCAGGACAAUGGGCACAACGCUGGGCCCUUUGGAUACAAUGAAGUCACUAUGAUUCCAGCAGGAGCAACUCACAUCCGAGUAACUGACAACAGCAAGAACUACCUGGCACUCCAAGAUGGACGCUCCCAAUUUGUCAUCAACGGACACUGGAAAAUCAGCAUUCCCGGGGAGUACAGCGUUGCUGGAACCAAACUCCUUUACCGGCGAUCCUCAGACAACUGGGAGAGCUUUGAGGUCCCGGGUCCCACUAAGGAGGACCUGCAUGUCAUGGUGUUGUCCACUGAUAAGAAUUCUGGGAUAGAGUAUGAGUACUGGUUGCCUCCUGACCGCUACAACCUUUACCAUGGGAAGAGCCCACUACGCCAGCCACACCACAGUGCCAGCUUCACACCGUGGCAACUGCCAACUCCCAGCACCACUACCAGCACCACUACAACCACUACCACCAGAGCCCCUGCAACCCAUAGACAAUUCUGGGUGCCUGCAGGUGGCUGGCCUGCUCAGCCCCCUCGACAACAGCCACAGCCCCGCCUCGAGAGGGAUGAGACCCGACGGAACCUGCUCCCACGACCGUACCGUCCAGGGAAUUGUGGGAGAUGCAGGAAGGUUCGAGGUCGUGGAGAGCGCCGGAGACAGUACUGCCAAAAGGACUUUGUGUUUCGAGCCAAGGUCCUGGGCAAGCAGUAUCGUGGUGAGGAGACACGCUACGAUGUGCAGAUCAUCCGCACCUACCGUAACCGUUUCCGUCUGGAACACCGCGAGUUCCUGUGGGUGGCCAAUAUCUGUGACUGUCCGCAGCUCGAUGAAGGCCGCCAGUAUGUCAUUAUGGCCCGUCGCCAUAUCAACUACGAGCACACCCUCAACCGCAUACUGCUGGAGGAGGACAGCUAUGUACAGCCAUAUCGGCCCCGAGAGGAUGCUCACCUGCGCCCUCUGGAGGAACUAUGCAGUAACCAUGGGACAAAGCCAUCUCGUGUGACAGGCUAGACCUCACUGACAGCACACACACACACGCACACAUGCACAUGCCCACUAUCACUGCACUUAUAAAAAUGGUGUUACAUUUUCAUUCAGAAAAACAGAGGGUACCACUGAUGUGUAUUUACAAAAACAGUGACGUCCCCUGCCUCCAGAGUCAGAUCCUGGACUUACUCAAGAUAAAACCACUGGAGUCCUCAAGGGAACAAACAGUUACCUGUUUAAUGUCAAACAAGGGCCAAAGGAAAUUGGAGCUGAUUUAAUUCUGGGAAGUGGCAAAACUCCAAAACAUGGACGUCACCUUCAGCUUGCAACAGCUUGUCUAUCCUCGUGGUAUAGCACUUUAGGUGGUGAUACAAUGGACCCACCUUUAAACUUCAGAUACCAAAGAGCAGCAGAGAAUCGUGCUGAGAAGUAUAGUCUGAUACCUUUUUCAAAUGGAAGCCUUUUGCAGCACAUCAUAUUGCUACCUGGACUGACAACAGCCAAAAACUGUGUGUGUUGAUUGACAGAUGUUUAUUUUUCAGAUAUCCUCCCUUAAUCUUUUAACCCUUCCCUUUAUAUUUAAGAUGACAGUAUGCAUUGCUAUGUAUUGUAUUUAUAAGGCCAAGGGAUAGAAUCAUUUACAGACAUUUAUAAGGUAUUUUAUUUUUGUGUUUUGCAUCAGAAAUAUUGUCGUUUUCAAAGAUUAACAAUGUAUUUCAUUUUAUGGAUAUACUUUUUGAAUAUAAAAAGAAAGCUUUAUUGAAGA